AUGGACGGCGAGCACCGCGAGCGGCUGUGGGAGCUCCUGGAGGAGUUCAAGGAUAAGUGGGAAGACCCCAAGGUGGCGCAGGUCAAGUACGAAGCACGGUUCGAGGUAGCAGGGCGGCCGCAAAAGGCCAGGGUGCAUCACCACGAACCCGAAAUGCUGGAGGAGUUGAAGAAGCACGUCGCGAAGCAACUGGAGCUAGGAGUCAUCCGACCCUCCAAGAGCGAGUGGGCUGCUGCUCCUCACUUCAUAAAGAAGAAGACCGGGGAUGUUGGUGCGUCAUCGACUGCCGCAGGCUCAACGCGGCCAUGGUAG